AACAGGAAACCAACCGGGAGCUCAAGUCUACCCCUUUUCUCCGCUACUUUCCUUCUUUGUUAAACCUUCGUUUCUUCAAACACACACACAAACCCUCUUACUUUUAGUCAAAUCUACAGAAUUGGAGAUGUAUAUAUGCAAACGAACAAACCGUUUGAAUUUCAGCGACAAAAAUGGUUGGUAAAUCAGUUAUAUCACUCGUUAUCUUCAUAAUCAUCAUCUUCACCACGUACUUAAUCACAACUGGAGGUUUAGGAGCAGGAAGAAUCGGAACAGUUGAUCUUAGAUCUCAGUUCUCUUUCCUAUCACCAUCCAGGAAUGAUACCUUUAUACCUUGCCGCAGCGGGUCGCCGCUCAGAGUCUUCAUGUAUGAUUUGCCAAAGAGGUUUAAUGUUGCUAUGUUGAGCAAGAAAUUCACCGGAGAAGAUGAUAAUUCUCCGGUGACAGCCAGGAAUCUGCCGCCGUGGCCGCGGAAUUCGGGGUUAAAGCAGCAGCAUAGUGUGGAGUAUUGGAUGAUGGCUUCGCUACUGUGUGGAAAUUGUAUUGAUUCUGAUAGUAAUGAGGCGGUUAGGGUUUCGGAUCCGGAAGCAGCGGACGUGUUCUUCGUACCUUUUUUUUCUUCGUUGAGUUUUAAUACGCAUGGGAGGAACAUGACGGAUCCGGAUACUGAGAUUGACAGGCAAUUGCAGAUUGACAUCCUUAAGUUCUUGAGGCAGUCCACUUAUUGGCAAAGAACCAAUGGAAGAGACCAUGUAAUUCCAAUGCACCAUCCCAAUGCUUUCAGAUUUCUCCGAGAAGAGGUGAAUGCAUCCAUCCUCAUUGUUGCAGAUUUUGGGCGUUACUCUAGAGUCAUGUCAAAUCUACGCAAAGACGUUGUCGCCCCUUAUAUGCACGUAAUGGGGUCUUUCUUGGAUGAUGACCCUCCCGAUCCUUACAAGUCACGUACUACGUUUCUUUUCUUCCAAGGGAGGACAGUGAGAAAAUCUGAAGGCGUGGUCCGUGCUAAGUUGGAAAAAAUAUUAAAAGGUUACAAGGACGUUCACUAUGAAGCGAGCUAUGCAACAAGAGAAAGCAUAACAGCAUCUUCCAAGGGAAUGCGGUCGUCCAAAUUCUGUCUAAAUCCAGCAGGCGACACUCCUUCCUCAAACCGUCUGUUUGAUGCUAUCGUAAGCCAUUGUAUCCCCGUGAUUGUGAGCGAUCAAAUUGAGCUACCAUUCGAGGAUGAAUUAGACUACACCAAAUUCGCAGUUUUCUUCUCCGUGGAAGAGGCAUUGGUUCCGGGUUACAUGGUCCAACAGCUAAGAAAAAUCCCAAAAGAUCGGUGGCUUCAAAUGUGGAGACGGCUGAAAGAAGUCGCACAUCAUUUCGAAUAUCAAUAUCCUCCAAAAAAAGACGACGCCGUGAAUAUGAUUUGGAGACAGGUACGACAUAAGGUUCCUGCAGAAAGACUUGAUGUACAUAGAAGUCGGAGAUUAAAAGUGCCCGAUUGGUGGCGAUGAACUUCUGACCAAUCGGGCACGCGUGUGUCCGUUAGUUACGUUGCGGCCGGACUGUUGUCUCCAAUAUUAUAUGAGAGCAUGCCUCUUUCAUUAUUUUUUAAAGGAUUUUUUUGGUGUAGUUCUUUGUUAUUCAUAGAAUCAUGGAUGCAAUGCUUCAUUUGACAGAGAGAAAUAUAGUUUCCUUUUUUUGU